AUGGAAUCAGAGGAUUUCAUGAAGUCACUUCGUGGUUGCAAGUAUUUUUCCAAGAUCGAUUUGGCAGACGCAUACCUACAGAUUCCACUUGAUGUAGAAUCUCACUACUUGAUAACAAUCGACACGCCGUUGAGAAUAUACCAGUACAAUUUUAUCCCGUUCGGAUUGCAUGUGUCCUUUGACCUCUUUCAAUCGGCAAUAGACAGUGUAAUCAAAGGACUCGACGGUGUGCUUGCAUAUCAAGAGGACGUCCUCAUUUUCUGCCUUAAUAAGAAAGAACACGAUGCCCAUCUGACGCAGAUCCUGGAACGAUUUGCCGCCAGGAACGUGGCUAUCAAGCCGUAUAAAUGGGUGUUUGGAGUGAGCGAGUUGGAGUUUCUAGGACUCACAAUUGAUUCCCGUGGAUACCGUCCCGAUUCGACACGUUUCAAACCAUUGACUAACAUCGAAUCUCCAAAGGAUUAA